CUUUGCUUUAAACUUUGCUUUGACUUCAUAAUAUAUCGACGUUUGUCACGAGCCCGCAUCAAGACAUCCAGCAAAAAUCAUGUUUCCGACAAUCGUGAAAAUUUUAAAGAAGGAAUCUGACCAGGAAGCCGGUGUUCCGUUCACAACCCUAGUGACGAAAAUCCGAACCACUCCGGAAGGCUCGCAGUUUGAUGCGGAUUCCCUCCCGGAAAUGGUCCGGCAGGAACUAGAAAAGGCUGCCAGGCAGGGCCUCGUCGAGUUCAAAGACGACAUCGUGAAGCUCCGUCCCGCGUCUUGCGAGUCCAGUCCUCGACUCCCGGACUCCCCGGAAACAUCCACCCCGGAAGUGACCACGCCGCCGUCCCAGCCGGAAAUCGUAACGGCGGACUUCAUGGAACCGCCCGUGGAUCGCAAUGUGGUGGUGACCCCAACCCGACCCGUUCCGGAGGUACGUAGGGCUUCGACCCGGGUGCGGACGGUGCCGCCAAGGUUUGUGGUCCACGAGGACACCAUUGUCGAAGGACGGCGUCCGGGACGGCAGCGUCGGACUGGUGCCAUCGGUGGACGGGCCAAUCGACACCCGGCGGCGAGAUCCCGGUCCCGAUCCAGGUCGGCACGACGCGUGCGUUCCGCGUCCAGGGGCCGCGGAAGAGACUAAAUUAUUGCGAGUGUUGUACGUGAAAUUUGAAAUAUAUAU